CUGUCAGUUUGUAACUUGGGACAAAUUCUAUCACGGUUGGCUGCUUUUCUCUCGUCCUCUCUCUGAAGUCAUCUCCUUCUUCCAUUCUUAUCUUCCUUCUUUUCUCUCUCUAUCUCUGAUCAUGGCCGGGGAGAAAGAGCACAAGAAGGGGAGAUUCGAUAACGACGCCGCUGCUUCGCUUGUGAAAGAGCUUAGAAAAACCUUCGCUUCCGGUAAGACGAAAAGCUAUGAAUGGAGAGUAGCGCAGUUGAAGGGUAUCGCGAAGUUAGUUUCCGAAAAGGAAAAUGAACUCGUUGAAGCUCUCUAUAAGGAUCUUUCGAAGCCGGAAACUGAGGCUCAUGUUACCGAGAUUUCAAUGAUAAAGUCUGCAUGUACUCAUGCGCUUAAGGACUUAAAACAAUGGAUGAAGCCAGAAAAGGUCAAGAGUUCAAUUUUAACCUUCCCAUCAUCUGCAGAAAUUGUGUCAGAACCACUUGGCGUCGUAUUGGUUAUUUCACCUUGGAACUAUCCUCUCUUGUUAUCUAUUGAUCCAGUCAUAGGUGCUAUUGCGGCUGGCAAUGCUGUGGUCUUAAAACCAUCAGAAGUUGCUCCAGCAACAUCCUCAUUUUUCGCGAAGUACGUGGAAGAGUAUGUAGACAGAUCGGCCAUUAGAGUUGUUGAGGGUGCUGUUGAUGAAACAACUGCCUUGCUGGAGCAGAAGUGGGAUAAAAUAUUCUAUACAGGUAAUGGAAAAGUGGCACGUGUUAUUAUGGCUGCUGCUGCAAAGAACCUCACACCUGUGGUUUUGGAGCUUGGAGGAAAAUGUCCAUUAGUUGUUGAUUCAAACAUCAACUUGAAGGUUGCGGCUAGAAGGAUAGUUGCAGGAAAGUGGGGAAGCAAUAGUGGACAAACAUGCGUGUCUCCAGAUUACAUUAUAACCACAAAAACUUUUGCUCCUACAUUGAUUGAUGCUCUAAAGGAUACAUUGGAGAAUUUUUUUGGGAAGGAUCCACUGCAGUCAAAAGAUAUGUCCCGCAUUGUGAAUUCCAACCAUUUUGCACGCUUGUCAAAUCUCUUGGAUGAGGAUAAGGUAUCCAGUAAGAUAAUCCACGGAGGUCAACGGGAUGAGAAACGAUUAUAUAUCGCACCCACCAUGUUAUUGGAUGCUCCGCAAGACUCUAAGAUCAUGAAUGAAGAAAUUUUCGGGCCGUUACUUCCCAUUAUCACGGUUGACAAGUUGGAAAAUAGCUUUGAUGUAAUUAACUCGAAAUCAAAGCCUCUUGCUGCAUAUCUCUUCAGCAAUGAUAAAAAGCUCGAGGAAGAGUUUGUGGGAAAAAUCUCUGCAGGAGGGAUGCUCAUCAAUGACACAAUUCUCCAUCUUGCAAAUCCCUCUUUACCUUUUGGAGGAGUCGGAGAAAGUGGUACCGGUUCUUACCACGGAAAGUUCUCAUUUGAAGCUUUUAGCCACAAGAAGGCAGUUCUGCACCGAAGUUUUGGUGGCGAUGCACCAGCAAGAUACCCUCCAUACACCCCUGGAAAACAAAGAUUGGUCAAGGCUAUGCUCGAGGGUGAUAUGUUUGGUGUAAUUUGUGCUUUGAUUCGAUUGGUUAGGGGUUGAUUGAUCAUAGUUAACUGUCAGUAUUUAUGUAACUUCGCUUCAUUUUUUCUGUAUUGCUCAAGUAGUUUUUUCCAAAUCGAUUGUAAGUUAUGUUAAUUUAUUCCAAGAUAAAUGAAUAAUGGUGUCUAUUGAUUGCAAAA